UUUUAUUGUUUGUUUACAUUUCAUUUUCCCUGGUUUAUUUGAAUGUUUAUUAUUUUAACUUCGAUUUAUUUUGUGAAUGUGCGUUUUUAUUGUGUAAGUUGUUCGGCGUUAGUGCAAUUUAUUAUAUAGAAUGGCCCAAUCCGCCAAAAAAUAUAUUCGUCGCUGCGUUGUAAGUAGAUGCCAAAACAAUUCACAAAAUUUCCCAGACAAAAUAUUUUUUGCCAUGCCAAUUAAAGGAGAAAGGAGACUUUCAUGGCUAUUAGCCAUGGGAAAAAAGAUACAUGAAUUUCCUAAAGGACAUUCUCUAUUUGUUUGUGAAGACCACUUUGAUGUUGAAACUGAUAUGCAAGAUUUUAUGAGAUGGAAAAUUAUGGGAGGUCGUAACAUUCUCAAACAAGAUGUGGUUCCGCACAAGCUACUGGAAAUGGAUGAUACUAUAUGUCCAGAUCCAAAGAAACCAAGAUUAGAUAUUGAAACUGACAUGCAAGAUUUCAUGAGAUGGAAGAUUAUGGGAGGUCAUAAGAUCUUGAAACAAGAUGUUGUCCCACACAAGUUACUGGGAAUGAGUUUGGAAACAGAAAAGCAAACCUCUAUGAAAGGUAAGCACAGAAAAGUGGCAAAUAUAUUGAAGCCAAAGGUGGUUCCCCAUCUUUUCGAGUGUCAAGAUAAUGCUGCCAAUGAUGGUGCAGUGGCUUCCACGUCAAGGGAUAUUUCAAAUUAUAACAACUUAAGCUCCUCGGAGGUAGACGACUCAUACUUAGACGUUCCUGAUUUAUUGCCAGAACGUCAACCCACUCCCUUAGAUGCAUCUAUUGUCAAAAUCGAAAUUGAAAACGAACCUUUGAAAAUCAAAAAUGAACCUUCGAUAACCCAGAAUAAUCUACUAACAUCUGAUACUCAUGGAGAAUCAACAUUGCCCUUCAUAAAGGCUGAACCCUUAGAGGAAUCGGACCGGUUAGCUUCGGAAACUGUUGAUCAAUUAGACGAAUCUGAACGUCAAUCGAUUCAAUGGUUUUUCGAUGGUAUGGCCAAGACCGUUAUGACUUUACCACUAUCUUUUGUUAGCAGAAUUAAAGCAGAAGUGCUGCGACUGGUUAUCGAUAUAGAAAUGGAGGCAAAUCUGAAAAAAAUGGGACAAUUGACGAAACCAAGCAGAAAAAUUGACAAGAUUGCUGCAAGUAAUGAGACUGAACCAAGAAUUAAAAUUGAAAAUGAGGAUGACGGAGAAGCAGAGGCCUCAGACGAACCUGACCAACCAGACUUAGUAGAUCCAGAAUUAAUAUUAGAUCUAGACCAUGAUGCAAACUACGAACCCUCGGCCAAAAAGAAGACAAAAUCAAAAACUGAAGCACCUAUACCAUCAUUGUCACCAUUAGAGGUCAACAGAACUGCAAGAACCCUACACGAACCCGUGGAGUCGUUUUUUCAAAGCGUAGCAUGCACAGUGAAGUCAUUUCCACCGCCAUUUGUCUGUAAAGCCAAAGUGGCAGUGCACAAAGUGAUUUCAAAAAUGGAGGUUGAAGUCUGUAGAAGUCAUCAGAGUGGUUAUCGAGAUGGUGGAGGUGGAGGAGAUAAAACAGUAAAGAGAUAAUAGUUCAUGGCGCCAUCUUUAAGCAAGUGGUGCGAAUUAUUAAGAUUUUUCUUAUUUUUUUUUGUAAAAAUCUUUGUUGACCUCAAUGAGAGAAAGUUAAGUUUGCUUAGUAUAAUGAUAUUUGUAUCGAAAAACUCAUAAUAAUAAUUAUUUAUUUAUUUAUUAACAGUCAAAGGCUAUGUACAAUAACAUUAAUUUACGUUAAGCUUAAAUUUAUUGAAAGAGGAGUUGAAAAAAUCAAUAGAAGGUGGUAGCCUAUUUGCUUCCCUGCAUAUUAUAGAUUUAUGUGAAUAAAAGCCAUAAUUUGUUACAUGUGAGAAUACACCAAAGGUAAUAUUUUGUGGACUUUGUCUUGUUGGUACCGUACCUUAAAAUUAAUUAGUUGCAACAAAACCCUGAACAAUGUGCAUACAUUAAAGUACAAUCUUCUUUUUUCUAGUGAUGAUUUCUCUAAGAGAACCAAUAAUUGAAGUUCAUCCUUUGGAAUACUCAGUUGAUAUCCUAUAUGACAGAAACUUUUGAUGGACUUUCUCAAUUUCAUCAAUCCAUUUUUAAUAAUAGGAAAACCAUGCAGGACAAGCAUAUUCAGUGACACAUAUGACUACUACUGAACAGUAAACAUUUUUCAAUGUAUAUAAUAUGUUACUGAAAUCUUGCAGAGAAAGAAUGACAAGUCCGAGCAAUUUAAUUGACCUAUUUUUUUGGUAUUCUAUGUUUGGUCCGAAUGUGAAUUCUUUAUCAAUUUAUCAUCCCCAAUGUCCUUUAAAAUCUCCUCUCUAAUCAGUUCCUGAUUAUUUAAUAUAUGAGUAUACAAUGAGUAUCUUCAACCGGUAGAAACUGAUUGUACAACAUUUACCUACAUUGAGUUCCAACCCAUUAGACUGACACCACACAGCAAAGCUUUGUAGGUCUUCUUGAAGUUUUAUACAAUCACUUUCACAACAAAUAACCUUUAAAAUGUUCAAAACGUCUGCAUACAAUAAAAUUUUGCUGUGACGAAUACAGUCCUGCAGAUCAUUUAUAAAGCAGUUGAAUAACAUAGAUGAUAGAUGGCUUCCCUGAGGCACACCCGAUGAUACAUUGAUUAUUGAAGACAUAAGAUUUUUCACUUUCACACCUGUGUUUGACCUGAUAAAUAACUGCUCAACCAAGUCAGCCGAGUUCCGCGAACACCCUUUGCUUCCAUUUUUUCAAAUUUAAGCAGAAUGAUGUAAAGUCUGUGUACACGUAAUCCACUUAGCAACGUUCUUCCAUAGCUGCAACUACAAACUGAUGAUAUUCUCGCAAGUAUGGUAGAUUUUCCUUAAUUCGAUGGGUGAGCCAGGCAAUAACUUAAAUUGUGAUCCUGAUGACAUCAUACCUACCAGUUGAAUUUUCAAAGGACACAAAAUUUGUAUUACAUAUUAGUAUAUUACCUAUAUUGUUCAAUCUUUCUCUGUCUAGUGGAGUUUGCCCAGACAUCGAGACAUCUCGUCUUCAGAAAUGGUGAACUACAAAUCUCAAAAAACUUAAAUCUAUCUAAAAUUUUAGAAUCUUGUGAACAAAUGCCUAUUUCCCCUUCCCCUUGAGUUUUUCAAGGUCACUUGUGCGACCUUGGGUUGGUAUGUGACUUUGAGUUAAUAUGCAACCUUGGGUUGGUAUGUGACCUUGAGUUGUAAGUACCUACACUAUUAUAAUAAGAAGGUAUUUUGUAUGACAUCAAAGGGAAGUGUUACAUAAUUAUAGUAGCCAAAUUUGGAAAAUGUCAGCUGACUGUCGGGAAAUAGGUAGGACAUGCCACGAUGCAUGGCACGUAGUCCGGAAACAUGGUGAUCAUCAUGUCACAUUGUUUGAUCGUCGUUUAUGUUAACCGUUUACCAUAGUUUUUUGUAAAUAUGUGGAAUUUAAGUUUUUUGUUUAGUAUUUUUACAUUGAGACCCUGAUAGAAUUAGAGUUUGUUAUUAAAUAUUUUUGUAAUGAAAAUGCCAAUAAAAGAAAUCAACAUG